AUGAAUAAUUUAAAGCUCAUUGCACCUACGUUGCAGUCAAUUCUGCUUAAAUACACAUCGAGGUUCAAAGUGAUUCGGCAUCUAUCAAGUAUAAAGAAUCCUCCUGAUGUUAAAUAUAUACCAGAACUUAAGAUACCCCAAGGUGUAUUGGGCCAGCCAACAUGCCACACACAUCCUCACUUGAUAAGUACUGGUUACUUAACUUGUGGCAUUACUCAGAUGGAAUAUAAGGAACGGCGGGAAACUCUAGUUAGCAAACUAGUUGAGGCAGAAAAUGUGCAUAAAACACAUGUUAUAGUGAUACCAGGUUCAAGAAAGCAGUACAUGUCUGAUAAAAUACCAUAUGUAUUUAGACAGAACUCAGAUUUCUUUUACCUAACUGGAUGCUUGGAGCCAUCAGCUAUCCUAGUCAUGAUUAAAACUGAGGACAGAGAUAGUUUUAAGACCAUAUUAUUUGUACAUGACAAAGACAGUCAUGCUGAAUUAUGGGAAGGACCUCGGACAGGUUGCUCAGCUGCUACUGCCCUUUUCUCUGUUGAUGAGUCGCAGCCAGUUGAAAACUUUGGCAAUUUUCUAAACAGAACAAUAUCAUCCUUGAAAUCCACAAUACUAUGGUACCAUAAUGAGUCACCAGCGAAUCCGGACAUUCAUGAUACUGUCCGGGCAUCGUUAAGGCAUCAUGCCGCCCUGGAAGAUCCCCAACGAGUGCUGCACCUGAUGAGAGUGAUUAAGUCACCCGCGGAAGUGGAAUUAAUGAAGGAGACCUGCUAUAUCGGCUCUCAGUCGGUAAACAUGGCUAUGGCCUGCACAAAACCUGGAAUAUCUGAACAUGCAAUAUCAUCAGUAUUCGAGUACACCUGCCGAAUGUCGGGGGCUGAGCACGGGGCUUUCCCGCCGGUGGUGGCUGGGGGAUCCCGCGCGACACACAUACAUUACGUCUCGAAUAAUCAACUACUAGAUAAUGGGGAUAUGUUGCUUAUUGACGCUGGCUGUCAACGAUGGCUCUACAAUUCGGAUAUAUCCCGAACAUGGCCGGUGUCCGGAAAGUUCUCCCCGCAUCACAAGAUACUUUACGAACUUGUGUUGGCUGUUCAGAAACGACUCAUAGACCUAUUGGGGCAACAAAGACCUCCACUAGACCAUCUCUUUGACCACAUGUGUAGACUACUAGGCAUGUAUCUGCAACAGGAAGGAAUCUUGCCUAAGAACAUCGACACCAAUGAACUGAUAGGGCGGGCGUAUCGUCUCUGCCCGCAUCACGUGUCCCAUUACCUCGGUCUAGACGUCCACGAUUCCCCGCUGGUGCGUCGACGCAUUCCAGUUGCCACUAAUAUGAUAGUGACUGUAGAACCUGGAAUCUACAUAAGAGCAGAUGACACAACAGUGCCACCGGAAUUUCGUGGGGUCGGUAUACGGAUAGAAGACGAUGUCCUAAUCACUGAUGGACAUCCGCUUAUAUUAACAGAUACUUGUGUUAAGGAAGUGCAAGACAUAGAAGCAAUUGUAGGAAGACAGAAUAUUUGA